GUUACUUUUGAGUAUGAUAAUGAGGUGUUGAUGGCUAAACAAGUGAUAGUAGAUGUUAACAGGACCGAAGUUGAGUUCAAAUUCCCCGAAGAACUCCGUAAAGGAGCUGGUGUUUUAACUGUCAAGUUCGUGGGGACUAAUAAUGAUAAAAUGUGUGGAUUUUACCGGUCUAGGUACACUGAUCUCGAUGGGGAAAGCCAUUAUAUGUUGACGACACACUUUGAAGCGUGGUAUGCUCGUAGGGCUUUCCCUUGUGUGGACGAGCCUGCGAGGAGAGCUAUCUUUAAGAUUACUAUCACCACUGAAGCUGAUAAACAGGUUGUGUCGAACAUGCCUGUAGCGUCAAGAGAAGUGUUUAAGGGUGGCAAGGAUAACAAGACCGUUUAUCAGUCGGUCGAGUUUAUGCCAACUCUUAAAAUGAGCACUUAUUUGAUCGCAUUUUGUGUGGGAGACUUCGAAUGCGUGCAGAAGAUGACGAAGAAUGGCACGUUGGUAAUUAGAGUGUUGUGCACUCCGGAUACCGGUGUGAGGCCCUCGAAUGGUAAGUUAUGA